AGGCUGGGGAGGGAGGGAGGAGAGAGGGGGUGAGCAGGGAGCUUCCUGCAGGCAGAGCCCACCCAGACAGCAGGAGGAAGAGGCAGCAGCAGCAGCAGAGGACAAGGGGACAGAGCUGACCCCCCUCCCCAAUAAUCCCACAUCUGUCACUGCAGAGCAGAUCUCCGGGGAGCGAGGUGCUCGCGUCUGAAGGCCUGACGCUGGGACUGGAGGACGGGGCUCACCCCACAGGUGACGAUGGCAUGCUCAGAAGACGAACUCAUCGGGAUUCCAUUCCCGGAGCACAGCAGCGAUCUACUGAGCAGCCUGAACGAGCAGCGUCACCGAGGUGUAUUGUGCGACAUUACCAUCAAGACCCAGGGCCUGGAGUACCGCACACACCGCGCAGUGCUAGCUGCCUGCAGCCAGUACUUCCGUAAGCUCUUCACCGGGACGCCGUCUGGUAAACCAUCCCGGGAAGUGUGCCAGCUGGACUUCCUGAAGCCCGAUGCUCUGGGGGCCCUUCUGGACUUUGCCUAUACAGCCACGCUGACCAUCAGCAAUGCCAACAUGCGAGACGUUCUGCGUGCCGCCCGCCUGCUGGAGAUCCCAUGUGUGGUGGAAGCCUGCGUAGAAAUCCUGCGCUGUAACGGCAGUCGGGAGGAGAUGGGAGUAGAGGCAGAGGACCUGGAUGGGUUUUUGCGGGCACGUGAGUAUCUGGAGUGUUAUGGCACCCAGGAAAAUGGCGAGGACACCACUCCACCUCCAGAGGUAGACAGCCCCCACCCAACAAUGCUCUCCAUGCCUCUACACCAGAAGCCAGUGCAGCUCAUUCCCCGCAAACGCAGGAGGAAGUUUCUGCAGCCCAGUCAGAGGGUCCAGAACGGAAGCCCCUACGUGGUAGAGGACGAUUCCAUGGAAAGAGCCAUCAGCCCAGCAGAAGCCCCGUCACCUACAGAACUGCCUCCAGAUGACAGCGUCCUGAGCCACAGCCGAUACACCUCAGACAACGGGUUGGUGGGGCGUUACCUGUCUCCGCCUGAGGACCUCUUGUCUGACGAGGAGCCCUCUGAUAUCCCCUUCCUGAACCCACUUGACCAUGAGAAUCCAGAGUUGACCGCCACCGCCCUAGAUGACCCUACAAAGCAGAUGAGAAGGCGACGGUCACAGAUGCCCCAGGAGUGUCCUGUGUGCCACAAAAUUAUCCAUGGUGCUGGGAAACUGCCCCGCCACAUGCGUACUCACACCGGGGAGAAACCCUUUGUGUGUCAGGUCUGCGGAGUCAGAUUCACCAGGAACGACAAGCUGAAGAUACACAUGAGGAAGCACACGGGAGAGCGUCCAUAUUGCUGUGAGCACUGCAGCGCCCGGUUCCUGCACAGUUACGACCUGAAGAACCACAUGCACCUGCACACCGGCGACCGUCCCUACGAGUGCUCCCUGUGUCAUAAAGCCUUCGCCAAGGAAGACCACCUCCAGCGGCACAUGAAGGGCCAGAACUGCCUGGAAGUCCGCACCAGGAGACGGCGCAAGGAGGAUCCGCCCCCACAGCGCAUCAUCCCUGCCCCCGCUCUCGACCUGGCCAAUGGGAAAAUAGAUGACCUCCGCCUGUCAAUGAUGCGAUACUGGGGGCUGCCACGGCCUCAUUCAGGUGGGGGCAGCCCAGAGGGGCCCUUGGUGUUGGACCCUUCAUAGCAUCUCAGUGAUGGUCACCCCCCCAACCCCCCAUCCCAAAUCCCUUCACAAGUGAAUGGAGCUUUUAGAGACUGUAGUUCGUGUCAGCACUUCUGCUAAUCCUACCACAGAGUCCUCCAUGUCCCCACUACUCCUUUAAUAGGGUGGGGUACCUCUUUUCCCCACUCCGACGCUCCCGCACCCCCUUGUUACUCAUGAUGUCACAGUGCUCUCAAGAUGAUGUCAUUAUAUUGACAGACUGACCGACAUAGUCCGGCCAUUGCUGGUGGACUCUAAAGUUGGGGUGCGGGGUGGGGGGA